CGUUUUGAACGCGAUGCGCGCUGGUGAUUCCGGUCAGGCUCGUUACUUCACCUUUACAACCAUUUAUCCUUAACUUACUACAGGUUUUAAAUCAUUUGCGAGUCAUUUGUUGUGCUGUCAGUUAUUUAUUUAGCGGCUAAAUAGGAACAAGUUGAGGAGGAAAGUUUUUGUAACCUUCCCUCUUAAAGUCGGCGUGUUUAACGAUGUCAUUGUUGGUUUAUAAUCCAUCACAAAGUGCGAGAAUCUGUUAGCCGGUGUGGGAGCUGCUGGAGCCGGACGGGGAUGAGUUCUGGGAAGAUCCAGGUGAAAAUCAAACGAGUCUGCGCCAGGAAGAGGUGUCGAGAUGUUGUGAAGACUCACCUGACACCUGCCCGGAGCAGACCAGCAUGCGAGGACCGGAGGAGCAUGGAGGACAGUCAGGCCCCGGAGUACUGCAGCGACGGAGAGGAUCUGUUCGGGGACUAUGACAGCAUCCUGGAGGACAGCUCUCUCCUGGCAAAGCUGGAUGAUGCUGAACAAAAUGAAAGACAGCGAGCAGUGCACCAUGGGAAUGUCACAACAGCCAUGGUCAGGAAUCCAACCCAUAUGGACAGUCUCACAGACUCCUUAUGUGAGCAGCUGGGAGACGAACAUUUCGAGGAAUUACCUGGCAGCCAGCUGCAGUUUGAAGAACAGGCAAAGAGGAGCCGGCUGCAGGCUGGAGAACAAACCUCCACGCCUGUUCAGAGAUCCAACAGGACGGUGGAGGCCGGACGACGCGCGAGCACGGACGAUAACGGCAAGAGGACCAGCAGAGUGAGGCGGAGCAUGGCUGACCAGCUGAAGAGGACGAUGCUUGGGAACGCUGCGUCUCCUGCCAGCGUCUCUCGAAUUGCAGUGUUGAAGGAAGCGGUGGUGUCUGAGGAGAUCAGCGUCGCCAUGCAGGCCAUGGAGACGAUAUCUGCUGAGACCACAGACCUUGGGCCUUUCUUUGGACUCCCCAGCAGAGUGAAGGAGCUGAUGCACAAGCUGAGAGGAAUCCAGAAGUUAUACGAGUGGCAGGAGACGUGUCUGAACCUGGACUGCGUUCAGCAGAGGAGGAACCUGAUCUACUCUCUUCCCACCAGCGGGGGGAAGACUCUGGUGGCGGAGAUCCUCAUCCUCAGGGAGCUGCUGUAGAAGAAGGACUGCCUCUUCAUCUUGCCUUACAUAUCGCUGGUCCAGGAGAAGGUGCGGGGGUUGGCCAGCUUCGGCCUGGAGCUGGACUUCAUGGUGGAGGAGUACGCCGGCAGCAAGGGCCGGUUUCCUCCGGUGAAGAGGAGGAACAAGAACUGCUUGUACGUGGCAACAAUAGAGAAGGCCCACAGCCUCGUCAACUCCCUGAUCGAGACCGGCAGGCUGGACAACCUGGGCCUGGUGGUGGUGGACGAGCUUCACAUGCUGGGCGAGGGCAGCAGGGGGGCCGUGAUCGAGAUGACUCUGGCCAAAGUCCAGUUCAUGAGCAGAACCACCCAGAUUAUUGGGAUGAGCGCCACUCUGGGAAAUAUCCAGGACCUGCAGGAGUUUCUGAGGGCAGAGAAUUACACCAACGACUUCAGGCCUGUGGAGCUGAAAGAAUAUGUCAAACUGAACGACACCAUCUACGAAGUUGACCCGAAGGAGGAGAACUGUUUCAGAUUCUCACGUCUGCUCAGCUUUAAAUACUCCAGUUCCAUGCAGAAGAUUGACCCGGAUCACAUCAUCGCCCUGGUAACUGAGGUCAUCCCUAAUCACUCGUGUCUGGUCUUCUGUCCCACCAAGAAGAACUGUGAAAACGUUGCUGCAAUGAUCUGCAAGUACCUGAAAGGGGACUUCCUGCAGCUCCACGAGGCGGAGAAGGCAUUCCUCCUGAGACAGCUGAAGGACAGCGGUAAUGGCUCGGUGUGUCCGGUGCUCCGGAGGACCGUGCCGUACGGCGUGGCCUACCACCACAGCGGCCUGACCUCGGAGGAGAGGAAGCUGGUGGAGGAGGCCUACUCCAGCGGCGUGCUCUGCCUCCUCACAUGCACCUCCACCCUGGCUGCAGGGGUCAACCUCCCUGCCCGCAGGGUGAUCCUGCGCUCGCCGUACGUGGCCACAGACUUCCUGAAGAGGAGCCAGUACAAGCAGAUGGUGGGCCGGGCCGGGCGGGCCGGCAUCGACACUCAGGGAGAGAGUAUCCUCAUCCUGCAGGAGAAGGACCGGAACCUGGCUAAAGAGCUUGUGUGUGCUCCGAUGGAGAAGUGUUACAGCAACCUGAUGCACGACGACGGAAAAGGACUCCUGAGUCUCAUCCUGUCACUGAUCGGACUAAACAUGGCCUCGUCGCUGCAGCAGAUCCAGGAGUUCCUGCGUGGCUCCCUGCUGUCCGUGCAGCAGCAGCAGCUGUGCGUGCAGACCAGUCUGCAGGACGUGGCGCAGAAGUGUGUGGACACGCUGGUGGACAAAGGCCUUGUGAUCGCCCACGCCGCAGACUCGCACAGUCCCACGCUGCAGGUCACUGAGCUGGGGAGGGCCACGUACAAGGGCUCGGUGGACCUGACCUACUGCGAGGUUCUGUACAAGGACCUGAGCAAAGGGCUGGAGGGGCUGCUGCUCAACAGCUGCCUGCACCUGGUGUACCUGGUGACGCCGUACGAGCUGGUCCCGCAGUGCAAACCCGACUGGAUGAUCUUCUUCAGGCAGUUCACCCUGCUGUCCGCUGCCGAGCAGAAGAUGUCUGCAGCCGUCGGCGUCCCCGAGAGCUUCGUGGCGAGAAAAGCUGCAGGACAGACGGUGAAAAAGAGCGUGAACCUGGUGGUGGUGAGCCGCAUGUACCUGGCUCUGGUGCUCUUCACCCUGCUGAAGGAGACCAACAUCUGGAACGUGGCGGAGCGGUUCCAGCUGAGCCGAGGAUUCAUCCAGACGCUGCUCACCUCCGCCUCGGCCUUCUGCUCCUGCGUGCUGCACUUCACCGAGGAGCUGGAGCAGUUCUGGCCGUUCAAAGCUCUGCUGGCGGAGCUGACGCGGCGGCUCAGUUACUGCGUGAAGGCGGAGCUCAUUCCUCUGAUGGAGGUGGCAGGAGUCAUGGAGUCGAGAGCGAAGCAGCUCUACGACGCCGGCUACAAGACGCUGACUCACCUGGCCAACGCCGACCCCGCCGUGCUCUGCAGGACCGUGGAGAACCUUCACAGGAAACAGGCCACCCUGAUCGUGGCCUCAGCUAAGAUGCUUCUGAAUGAGAAAGCUGCAGCUCUGCAGGAGGAAGUGGACGAGCUGCUGAUGCUGCCGGCUGACCUGCCACAGCUGGAAGAAAAGGACGGCAGAGCGUCAUCUCUUCCUGCCCGCUGACCUGCCACAGCUGGAACCCCAUCAGCACCUGCUGAUGCUUUCUUUU